UAUCUAGAUUACUGAUAACACUCGUAUAAGUAUAUUAAUUAUUAUUUUUUAGAAACAAAGCUAUAACGCACUUAAAGCGCGACGUUCUAGUUAGCAUGCAGUGAGUAUUCUAUAAUAUUUUAAAUAAUGUGAAAUAACGACUCGAAAAACAAGGAAAAAGCAUACGAAUAAAAGUCUUAUUCCAAGGCAGCAACAAUGGAAAUUACCAAAGAAAGAAAUUUUCCCAAUCCAAGGGAAAAAGCUAAUCCCCUCUCAGUUUUAAUGUUUGGGUACACAAUUCCCAUGUUUAGAAAAGGGUACUCCAAAAAUUUGGAAGUUGAUGAUUUAUAUAAUCCGUUAACCAAAGAUAAGAGCAAAUUUCUAGGUGAUAGAUUAGAACUAAACUGGAAUUGUCAGUUGGCGAACGCAAAAAAGACGAACUCGACACCCAGCUUAGUGCGAGCUAUAGCAAAAACUUUCUGGUUGGAAUACUUCUAUCUUGGAUUACUCGCAGCUUCAAAUGAUUUAGCACUGAAAAUACUCCAACCGAUGCUCCUGGGGGGUUUGCUAGAUUAUUUUAACCCAACUCUUAAUGUCACCCAAGAAAAAGCUUUAAUGUAUGGAGGGCUGAUUUUGGUCGCAAGCGUUUUUUCAAUUUUUAUUUCUAAUCAGUAUAUGCUGGGAGCGUUUCACGGGGGUAUGAGAAUUAGAGCUGCUUGCUGUGCCCUUAUUUACAGAAAGGCAUUAAAACUAAGCAAAACGGCUUUAGGAGAUACAGCAUCCGGUAAAAUAGUCAAUCUCUUGUCCAACGACGUCAGUAGAUUUGAUUUGGUAUCUCUAUUUCUACAUCAGAUGUGGCUGGGACCAUGUUCUGCUAUUAUAAUUAUGGUACUUCUAUACAGAGAUGCAGGUUACGCCGGUAUUGUUGGAAUACUUGCUGUUUUUAUCACCGUUUUUCUACAAGCUUACACUGGAAAAUUAUCUGCUAAAUACAGAAGGCAAACUGCAAUGAGAACCGACGAAAGAGUCAGACUUAUGGAUGAGAUUUUAUCGGGGAUACAAGUCAUUAAAAUGUACGCUUGGGAAAUACCUUUCCAGAAAAUUAUCAAACUUGCAAGAAAAGCAGAAAUCAAGAUUAUAACAAAAUCUUCUUAUGUGCGAGCUACCUUUAUGGCUUUCAAUCUAUUCACUACAAGACUUGCUUUAUUUUGUUCCUUACUUACACUGGUUCUAUCUGGAGAGUCCAUAACUGCUUCUAGGGUCUACGUUUUCAGCUCUUACUUUAACCUUCUUUCGAUGACAAUGGGCGCUAUGUUCGUAAGAGGAAUAUCAGAAAUAGCUGAGCUGAGCGUAGCCAUCAAAAGAAUCCAAUCAUUUUUAAUGAACGAAGAAUAUGAUCCAACAAAAAUUCACUCGUUUAUGAAUGGUAACAUCAAAAGUGUGGACGAUAUUAAAGAUAUUAUCACUUUGAAGAAUUUAACCGUUAAGUGGAAUCUUAGUUAUACCGAUAAUGCACUUGAAAAUAUUAAUAUGAACAUUCCAGAUGGACAGUUGGUGGGGAUCAUUGGACCUGUAGGGAGUGGAAAGAGUUCUUUGCUGCAAACGAUUUUGGGUGAACUGGAUAUCGUUCACGGAGAAAUGGCAAUACGCGGACAGGUAUCCUACGCUUCGCAAGAACCCUGGGUUUUUGGUGGCACUAUCCGUCAAAACAUUCUCUUCGGUGAAGAAUAUAACAAAAAACGCUACCAAGAAGUGAUCCAAGCAUGCGCUUUAGAAACAGAUUUCAAACAAUUUGAACACGGAGAUUUAACCACAGUCGGUGAUAGAGGAGCAUCUUUAAGCGGUGGUCAAAAAGCAAGAAUUAAUUUAGCCAGAGCUGUUUAUAGAGAAGCUGAUAUUUAUCUUUUCGAUGAUCCUUUAUCAGCCGUUGACAUCCAUGUCUCCAAACAUCUGUAUGAUAAAUGUAUUAAUGGUUAUCUGGCAAAUAGGACGAGAAUUUUGGUUACUCAUCAGGUCCAUUACUUGAAAGAUGCGGAUCACCUUAUUAUUUUGAAUAAUGGUCGUGUAGAAGAUGAAGGUACUUUUAAUCUGUUGACUAGCAGCGAAAAUAUGUAUGCCAAAUUAUUGACAUCCGAUCCUGAAUCAGCAGAUACAGAAAAGCAAAAAUUAGACAAAUCAAAAUUCAUCAGACAGAUUUCACAAAGACACCGCAAAGGAUCUAUGGCUAGUCUUAUAAGUGAACUCAGCGUUGCAGACACUUUUUUAACAGACGAUAUAGAUGAAGAAGGUGAAGGCGAAAAAGAAGAAGAAGAAGAAAUCCAAGUAAAUACACAAGAGGAAUCAUCAAAAGGCAAAGUUCAUGGUUCUCUCUUAUUCAAAUACAUUUCAGCAGGAUCUGGUGUUUGUGUGGCAAUGAUAAUUGUGUUUUUGUUCAUCGCAACGCAACUUGGAGUGAGUAGUGUAGACUACUGGAUUAGCUAUUGGGUGAACAUCGAAGAAUACAGAAAUCAAACUCUUAACGGUACCGAACCAAAAGGAACUUUCAGUAUAAAAUUAAUGGAUCUAAGCACUGACACUUGCCUUUACAUUUAUGGUAGCAUUCUGCUUACUCUCUUCACUUUAGCAAUUACUAGAUCAUUCUCGUAUUAUAAAGUAUGCAUGAUGAGCUCAAAAAGACUUCAUGGGGUUACAUAUGAUAGUGUGACCAGCGCGACAAUGAGAUUCUUUGAUACCAAUCCUGGUGGUCGGAUUCUAAACAGAUUUUCUAAGGAUAUGGGAUCCAUUGAUGAAGUAUUACCUAAGGUCAUUUUAGAUUCUGGACAGAUGUUACUGUCAAUGGUUGGAGCUUUGGUAUUAAUUAUCGUUGUAAACCCGUAUUUUCUAAUUCUUAUGGCUAUUCUAAGUGUUAUUUUUGGUUUAAUGCGACGCGUAUAUUUGAAGUCAUCCAAAAAUAUUAAGAGAUUGGAAGGAAUGAUGAGAAGUCCCGUCUUUACCCAUUUAAAGGCAACAAUAGAAGGAUUGACAACUAUCAGAGCUUUUGGAGCAGAAAGUACUUUGAUGGAUGAAUUCGAUAGUCACCAAGAUUAUCACUCGAGUGCAUGGUAUAUGUUUUUGGUAGCCAGUUCAGCAUUUGGAUUUUACUUGGAUGCUUUUUGUUCGGCAUUUUUAGGAUUCCUCACCUUCAGCUUUAUCUUAUUCAGCGAGUAUCUUGGAAUGAGAGGUGGAGAAGUAGGUUUAGCAAUUAGUCAAGCUACAGCUUUGACUGGUCUUCUUCAAUGGGGAAUGAGGCAAUCCGCGGAGGUAGCCAAUCAACUUAUGAGCGUAGAAAGAGUGCUAGAAUACAAAUCGUUGCCUAAAGAAAUUGAACCGGCAGUUCCUAAGGUGCCUCCAAAAGAAUGGCCCCAAAACGGGGAGAUCAUAUUUAAAGAUACAUGUCUUCGAUAUUUUGAAGGAGGGCCUUUGGUAUUGAAGCAUUUGAAUUUAACCAUCAAGCCCAAAGAAAAGGUUGGAGUAGUCGGUCGAACCGGCGCUGGAAAAUCCUCGUUAAUUCAAGCUUUAUUCAGACUUGCACCGAUAGAGGGCGGUAUACAGAUCGAUGGUAUCGACACAAAAGAUAUCAGUUUGAAAAGCCUUCGAUUAAAAAUAUCUAUAAUACCACAGGAUCCAGUUCUAUUCUCAGGAACAUUGAGAUACAAUUUGGAUCCUUUCGAUGAAUAUAGCGACGAUGUUUUGUACAAAGCCAUCGAGGAUGUUGAAUUAAAGGAUCCAGCAAAUGUAAUUAACAGAUUAGAGAAUAGAGUAAUGGAUAGAGGGUCGAAUUACAGUGUUGGUCAGAGGCAGCUGAUUUGUUUAGCUAGAGCUAUACUAAAACAGAACAGGGUAUUGAUGUUGGAUGAAGCCACAGCUAAUGUAGACCCACAGACUGAUGCCUUAAUACAAAAAACAAUUAGAAGAAAAUUCGUUGACUGCUCUGUCAUAACCGUAGCCCAUAGACUGAAUACCAUCAUGGAUUCGGACAAAGUUUUGGUUAUGGACGCUGGUCAAGUAGCAGAAUACGACCAUCCUCAUUUACUUCUUCAGAAUACCGAUGGAGUUUUCUACAAAAUGGUGGCAGAGACCGGACGGGCUGCGGCGGAACAGCUCAGAAAAAUCGCUUCGGACAGUUAUCAAAAAGUUUUCGCGCUACCGGAAUGAUAUGUACAUAAUUUUAUAUUAGAAAUGUAAUCACAUGAGCUUUAAAUUUAGGUAAUUUGGCACACAAUAAGAGUAUUAUUAAUUUAGGAGUCAAGCUAGUUGCCCAUAAUGGACGCGACCGGGUGAAUUUUGUUGCUUUUCCAGGCCAGUCUUGAACUAAGCAGAUAUCCUACUUACUGCGCCACUUUUAGAUCCUUAUUAAUAAUACCAACAUUAAACAAACAGUUUAAAACAUCUAGCAUCGAAUGGAAAAAUAAUUUUUGUUUAAUUUGUUAUAUUGUUGUUUAUGUUUUUCUAGUCAUUUGGGAAUAUCUGUGGAAAAUCUGGCAAGUAUAAUAAGGAUUACUCAAAAAAAAGUUUCUAAAGUAGGCCUAUGUCAAGAGAAUGAUUAUUUUUCUUUUUUAUUGUCAGUUUCGAUUUAAUUCAGAGCCGCGCGUAGUUAUCACUGACAUAACUCAUAUCUCUGUCUUUGUCGGUCAUGGCUUACUUUGGAAACUUUUUUGUAGAUCACUCUUUAUUUGGAAACAUAAUUUGAAGUACUGUUCGCUUAUUUUCAUGUGUACAAUUUAUAAUAGAUAUAAAUAUUGAUAUGUUGAAAUUAAUUUAAAACAUUUUCAGAGCAAAUUAAAAUAAUGUAAAAAUUAGAAAUGUUUUCUCCUAAUUAUAAAACAUGAAAAUAGAGGGUCCUUAA